AUGCCGCGCAAACCCAUUUUUGGAUUUUACGAUUCGUGGGCACGGUUUCGCAAUGGGAGAGGUAAGUGCGAUGUGGCUGACAUCGGCAACAGUUUGAACCUGUGCACCCAUCUAAUCUACGCAUACGCGGACCUGGAUCACAGUGGAUCGGUUGACCAUCAGGAUGAGAACGAGCGGAGGUCGAUGCGUCAGUUCAACGAUUUGCGCAACCGAAAUCCCAAUCUGAAAACGCUCGUAUCUUUCGGUGGCGCACGUCACAGCGGAACCUUUUCCAGUGUGGCCGCAAACUCGCAGCAGAGGGCAACAUUUGCUAGAAAUGUGCGCAGCUUUUGUGCCACCUACGGUUUCAAUGGCGUCAACAUCUAUUGGCAGUUUCCAACGAGUGACCGUGAUCGUGCCAACCUUGUGCAGCUGCUCGCCGCACUAUCGUCCGAGCUGCACGGUAACGGACUGUUGCUAGCCGCUUCGGUUGGUGUGAACCGUGAGUAUGACGUGGCCGGUGUUGCGCGUCAUGUGGACUACAUCCUUCUAAACACGUUCGAUUACAACGGUGCGUGGGAUAGCUAUACGGGCCAUAAUGCACCGCUCUACUGUGCACAGGUAGAAUCGGACUACCAGAGAAAACUGAACGUUAAGGAGAGUGUCGACUAUUGGGUCCGAGGUGGUGCUCCACGGUCGAAGCUGAUCGUUGGAUUAGCUGCAUAUGGGCGCACGUUUACCCUGGCCAACAGCGGUAUUCACGGAACGCGAGCGGAUGCUACAGGUGCGGGUCGAGCGGGAGUAUUCACACAAGAAGCAGGAAUAUUAGCGUACCACGAAGUGCAGGACGACUUUGGCCCGGAUCACAUUUGGGACAAGGAACAGUGCGUACCUUACGCGGUGUUAGGCGAUCAAUGGGUAACCUACGAUAACCCGCGGAGUAUUCAACUGAAGUGUGAAUAUAUUCAAAGCGAAGGUCUCGGUGGAGCAAUGAUGUGGACCAUUGAUCAGGACGAGUUCCAGCAGGGAUUCACGCUGCUGCGUACUGCUGCUCAAUGUUUGUAG